AGCCUCAUGCAUCAGCUCUCUCUUACAUUACUGCUCUUCCUUGCAACAUCCACAGUCACUGAGCAUAGAGGAAGAACUGAAACCACACACCGUCUGUCUGCUUACAGUCCAUGUACUUAAGGACGUAUGUGGAAAACGCCUACUUCCUCUCCCACUUAUCUGCACUGAAAAAAAGCUGGGACCAUGUAUGCCAUUUGAAAACGGACUACUGUGGCACAGAUUGGAACGACGUGGAAAUCCCCCCCCCCCCCAAAAAAAAAAAUCAAGUUUCAGGUGUCAGCUGGUCUGUGUGAUUUUUACAAACCCAGUUUUCCAAGUGGAGCGUGGCCUGAACACAUCACAGAGGGACAAUGAGCGAGCUGGAACAGUUACGGCAGGAAGCGGAGCAACUACGCAAUCAAAUCCGGGAUGCUAGGAAAGCCUGUAGUGACUCCACUCUUUCGCAGAUCACAGCUGGUCUGGACUCAGUGGGCCGGAUACAGAUGAGAACGCGACGCACUCUCAGGGGCCACCUCGCCAAGAUCUAUGCAAUGCACUGGGGCACCGACUCCAGGUUACUUGUAAGUGCCUCCCAGGAUGGCAAAUUGAUCAUUUGGGACAGCUACACAACAAACAAGAUGCAUGCCAUCCCGCUGCGCUCCUCCUGGGUGAUGACCUGUGCAUACGCGCCCUCUGGGAACUAUGUGGCGUGCGGAGGCCUGGACAACAUCUGCUCCAUCUACAGCCUGAAGACCCGUGAGGGCAACGUGCGUGUCACCCGCGAGCUGCCCGGACACACAGGCUAUUUGUCUUGCUGUCGUUUCCUGGACGACAACCAGAUUGUGACUAGUUCCGGGGACACCACCUGCGCUUUGUGGGACAUCGAGACUGGCCAGAUGGCCACCAGUUUCACGGGCCACACGGGGGACGUGAUGAGCCUGUCCCUCAGCCCUGACUUCAAGACCUUUGUGUCGGGGGCCUGUGACGCGUCCUCCAAGCUGUGGGAUGUCCGGGACGGCAUGUGCAGGCAGUCCUUCACUGGUCACGUGUCCGACAUCAACGCCGUCUGCUUCUUCCCCAACGGCAACGCCUUUACCACGGGCUCGGACGACGCCACCUGUCGACUGUUCGACCUGCGUGCUGACCAAGAGCUAAUGAUGUACUCGCACGACAACAUCAUCUGCGGCAUCACCUCGGUGGCCUUCUCCAAGAGUGGCCGCCUGCUGCUGGCUGGCUACGACGACUUCAACUGCAAUGUGUGGGACACCCUCAAGGCCGAGCGUGCAGGUGUCCUGGCCGGUCACGACAACAGGGUGAGCUGUUUAGGCGUGACAGACGAUGGCAUGGCCGUAGCUACGGGCUCAUGGGACAGUUUCCUCCGAAUCUGGAACUAAACCCUCCACAUCACCUCCACCUCCUCCUCUAUCCCCCCCUCCACCAACCCACCCACCCACACCACAGGGCUGGACUUGAGGGUGAACACUGUGUCUUCUCCCCUCCCCACCAACCCACCACCAACUCCACAACACAGGCAAAGUCCCCCCUGUCCAACUCAUCCCCUCACCCAACCACCCUCCAAGCCACAGCCAGCGCCGCUGUGGGAAAGUAACAACUCUUUCUACCUUUCCAAGUGACGUUUUUUUACCCACCUAUUACACAGAGGUUUUCAAGUACGUACAGUUAGUCCAAUAAAAAAUAAAUGAUGAGACGAGAUUUUAAAACAUUUGCAAAAAAAAAAAAAAAAAAAAACCUGGCAUCCCCUCUUCUUUUCAGACAGGGGGAAUAGAGCGCAUGUUACCAUGGUUACCGCCAAAUUAGAGGACAGUCUGUGUAUGUAAAUGUAUAUAUAAAUACAGUAUAUAUGUAUAGCAUUAUGUGUGUAUAUAUGCAUCAUAUAUCCACAUAUAAUGUGUAUGUAUAUACUUUUGUAGUUUAUUUCCCACCCUUGAGUUUUUUUUGUUUUGUUUAGUUUUUUUUGCCUUAUGUUUUACUUGUUUAAUGUAUAUAAUAUUCACAGUACUACACGAUAACACAAUUCCGAUUUUGUCACUUGCCCCAUGUACAACAUAAUGUACAUGUCAGUAUGCAUGUGUGUGUGAGUGUGUGUAUGUGCGUGUGAUGGUCUACCGGCAAAGGUAUACACACGUUCUAUAACUAUAAUACUGUAUAUUCAUAUGUUGAUGAUUGCGGUAACGAUAGGAGUUGUGAUCUGUUGGCAUUCCUCUAAACAAACAUGGCUUUCUUUUCUAAACAGAGCCGUUGUGGUCGUUUGUAGAGACAGCUUCUAGACUACAAAGGUUAGGUUUUAGUCUUGGCGGCGUUUUAGCCCAAUCCCUUUUCUAGAAACUGGUUUAACUAGGUAUUGAUACACAGCUCCCGUAGUUGUUUGGAGGCGCAGUCUCGCUAAGCCCCUCUAACAAACUCAAACAGCGUGAAACGACAGCCUAGAGAGACUCGCAGGGGUCUCGGGCUGUGUUCAAAACCGCUGUUGUAUGGCGAAUAGUAUAACAUCACUCCCACGCCUUGCAAAUCAACAACAGUGUGAUAUGGAAUAAAUAUGUUGCGAUCAUUCACUAAUAGAGACUUUACUGCAUAUACCCCAAAGCCUUUACGUCUCCACUGCGGAUGGAGACGGGGGCCGGUCUGAAACCUAGGACCAAAAGGUCUGAAACGUAGGGCCCCAAA